AUGCUUCAGGACCUGAGGCUGCUCUGUCGAAGUCUGCUCGCGGCACUUCUCGACAAGCUCGGAACUGACACAGGAAGAGAUGAUAAAGAUGAGGAUGAUUCAAAAGACAAGAAUUUUCGAAAGACUUUGCCUUCAUCAAGUCAGAAAAAGACACCUACAAAAAAGGUUUUUGAGAAAAAAGUUAAUUCUGAGAAGGUAAACUCCUCUCAUAUGACAUUCUCAAGUAAGAAUUAUGAGUUUCUUUUCCAAGAGCCUUCAGAAAGUGAGAGUGAUGAGACUACAUGGAAUGUCAGUGACUUCUCGCAGAGCGACAGUGUGGACACAGAGCCUGCAGGGCCAUCGAAGACUGUCUCCCCACGGCUUCCUGGGGCAUCUAGGUUGUUUCCAGAUGUUAAAACAACUGUCUCUGAAAAGGAGCUGACUCAGUUGGCACAGAUCCGACCAUUAAUAUUCAACUACUCUUCACAGUCUGCCAUGAGGGAUUGUCUGAAAACGCUCCAGAAAAAAGAUGAAUAUGAUAUCAUCCGUGAGUUUUUGGAGUUAGAACAAAUGACUGUGCCCGAUGACUUCAACUCCGGGAAUGAACUACUCAACAGAGACAAAAACAGAUACCGAGAUAUUCUUCCAUAUGAUUCAACACGUGUUCCUCUUGGAAAAAACAAAAACUACAUCAAUGCUAGUUAUAUUAGAAUAGAAAAUGAUGAAGAAGAGUAUUUUUAUAUUGCUACUCAAGGACCACUGCCAGAGACUAUAGAAGACUUUUGGCAAAUGGUUAUGGAAAACAAUUGUAAUGUUAUUGCUAUGAUAACCAGAGAGAUAGAAGGUGGAGUUAUCAAGUGUCAGAGGUACUGGCCCAUUUCUCUGAAGGAACCUUUGGAAUUGAAACACUUGAGCAUCCUUCUGGAGAACUGCCAGAUAACUCAAUAUUUCAUCAUUCAAAUAUUUCAAAUUGUGAAGAAGUCCACAGGAAUGAGUCACCGUGUAAAACACUUGCAGUUCACAAAAUGGCCAGACCAUGGCACUCCUGCCUCAGCAGACUUUUUCAUCAAAUAUGUCCGUUAUGUGAGGAAGAGCCACAUCACAGGACCCCUGAUUGUUCACUGCAGUGCUGGCGUAGGCCGUACGGGGGUGUUCAUAUGUGUGGAUGUCGUGUUCUGUGCCAUCGAGAAGAACUUGUCAUUCAACAUUAUGAACAUAGUGACCCAGAUGAGAAAACAGCGUUGUGGCAUGAUCCAAACAAAGGAGCAGUAUCACUUUUGUUAUGAAAUUGUGCUUGAAGUUCUUCAGAAUCUUCUGGCUUUGAGUUAA